AUGGAAAGUAAACUCCAAGGCAGAAUGGGCGACAUCAGCACCUCGACCGUGGACUCCACAGACACAAGAGUAAGUGACUCGAUAGAAAACGGCUACAGUAACAUCAAAUUAACUAAUAAUAAUGAAGUGCAGUUUUUAUCUUCCGUGCGUCAUUUUGGAAGCGCGGGGACUUUGGUUCACAGUGUGAAUGUGAGCGGAGGUGGAGAGCCACUUUUCAAAGAGUUUAACCUGCUUAACGCACCAGAGGCUGGAAAACAUGAGCGCGGAGGCAGUGAGUUUCUUAAGUGCGACGCGACUCCCUGGGAAGACUUCGUGAAAAGAACCAGCGCUGCUGCAAAUCAAUCUACUAUUCUCUCUACGCCGUGUAAAUACAUUAAGGAUGAGAAAGAACCUUCUGUGAUUAUGGACAGUGCCUGUCCCAGCUACGACGCCUCCGCGGACAUGAGCGCACUGGACACCUGUUGUGAGCCGCAGAGAAAGCCCCUGGCUCUGUCCGACAGCGAGCGCAGCACCUACAGCCCAGCGGCUCCACGGUCUGUCCAGGACGGAUCUCCCAACUUUCUGAUCGACCUGAGCUCGUCAGAGCCGCUGGGACAGGUCAGGGCUGAGUCCAGGAGCUCUCUGUCCGGUAAACCUCUGGUCAGUUUUGACGUGGGCGCGCACACGUCGCCCCCACAGAAUCACCAGGCCGUGUUCAAGAGCGAGGUGUCCCGCUGGCCCAUGCACCCCGCUCCCGGAGAGGCGCACUUUUGGGGCCAGUCCUUAGGGAUGAACGAUGAGCCCUUCAGCCACGCGCCCUACGAGGGCGUCCCGAGCCAGAGCCUGGUCCAGAGGAACCCUUCACCCUUCUCCACAUUCCCAGGCAUGCCCCCUCAGAGACAGUGUGUGAUUUGUGGCGAUGAGGCGUCAGGCUGUCACUACGGUGUCUUAACCUGUGGGAGCUGCAAAGUGUUUUUCAAGAGAGCUGUAGAAGGCCAUCACAGUUAUUUGUGCGCCGGCCGAAAUGACUGCAUUGUGGACAAAAUAAGAAGGAAAAAUUGCCCAGCAUGUCGCCUCAGAAAGUGCUAUCAGGCCGGAAUGAUGCUUGGAGGCAGGAAGCUGAAACGUUUUGGGGCUUUGAAGGCCUUGGGUCUAUCCCCCUCCCUCAUGUUCCAGUCCCACUUGGCGAUGUCAGGAGAAAACCAGGCCUUGAACCCCGUGUCCUGCAUCCCCGGAAUGCGAGAUGUACAGCUUUCCCAUCAAAUCAUCAAUAUUCUUGAAAACAUUGAGCCGGAGAUGGUGUAUUCUGGAUAUGACAACACGCAGCCCGACGUGCCGCACAUCCUUCUGAACAGUCUGAACCGACUUUGCGAGAAACAGCUGCUGUGGAUCGUCAAAUGGUCCAAGUCUCUGCCAGGAUUUCGUAAUCUGCACAUCAACGACCAGAUGACCCUGAUCCAGUAUUCAUGGAUGAACUUAAUGGUAUUCUCUCUGGGCUGGCGAACCUUCCAGAACGUCACCAGUGAAUAUUUGUACUUUGCUCCUGAUCUGGUGCUCAGUCAGGAGCAGAUGAGGAGAUCGCCCAUCUACGACCUCUGCUUGGCAAUCCAGUUCAUUCCUCAGGAGUUUGCGAAUCUGCAGGUCACUCGAGAGGAGUUUCUCUGCAUGAAAGCCAUAAUCCUCCUCAACACAGUACCUCUAGAAGGACUCAAAAGUCAAGCAGCGUUUGAGGAGAUGAGGCAGAACUACAUCCGAGAGCUGAGCAAAGUCAUCCACAUGAAGGAAAAGGGCGUCGUGGCAAGUUCACAAAGAUUUUACCACUUGACCAAACUAAUGGACGCCAUGCACGAUAUAGUGAAGAAGGUCAACUUGUACUGUCUGAGCACGUUUAUCCAAGCCGACGCCAUGAGGGUGGAGUUCCCGGAGAUGAUGUCAGAAGUCAUUGCCUCGCAGUUGCCCAAGGUGCUGGCGGGUAUGGUGAGGCCGCUGCUGUUCCACACCAAGUGAAUGUAUCUGUGCCAAAGCCAUGUGACUGGAUCUAUCUCCGCUCGAAUACUGGAGACAUACUAACGUCUAAUUAUGUAAAGUUAUUUCUGCCAAUUUGCCUCAGAGUUUUUCAAUGUUCCCCAUCUGACCCCUUUUACGACCGUUUUAAUCCACAAGUAUAUUAAAAACUAAAUCACAAUA